UUCCCCGCGGUGCCAGCCCCCGCCCCUUCCGGCGGGCCGGCCCGGCGGAGCUGUCCAAGAUGGUGGCGGGAGGGAUGUGUCUGUGUGGGCUGUUCAGGUUGCUGUGCUCAUUGUUAAUCCCUGCAUUGUUUCUAAGUGGACUUUUGUGUCUGUGCCUGCUGGUUCUGCUGUGGGGGAUACGGCUCUGGGUACAACAGAGGAAGAAGCGAGAGGGGAAGCGGCCGCUGCACGUUGCCUUUUUUCACCCCUAUUGCAAUGCAGGUGGUGGAGGGGAGAGAGUCUUGUGGUGUGCCAUAAGAACACUCCAGAAAAAGUACAGAAAUGUGACGUGUGUUGUUUACACUGGUGACAGAGAGGCCACUGGAGAAGAAAUAGUGGAAGGUGCUUUCAGAAGAUUCAAUAUUAAAUUAACCCAUCCUGUGAAGUUUGUGUUCCUGGAAAAACGCUACCUCGUGGAGGCUUCUCUUUACCCUCACUUUACUUUGCUGGGACAAAGCUUGGGAUCAGUGUUUCUGGGCUGGGAAGCUCUCCUGAAGUGUGUUCCUGAUGUUUACAUUGACUCCAUGGGCUACGCCUUCACACUCCCCCUCUUCAAGUACUUAGGAGGCUGUCGCACUGGCUGCUAUGUCCAUUAUCCCACCAUCAGCACUGAGAUGCUCUCUGUGGUUAGGAAUCAGGAUACCAGGUUCAACAAUGCAGCCUUCAUCACAAAGAAUCCCCUGUUCAGCAAAUUUAAACUGGUCUACUACUACUUUUUUGCUUUUCUGUAUGGAAUGGUUGGUUCCUGCAGUGAUGUGGUUAUGGUGAAUUCUACUUGGACACUAAAUCACAUCCUUUCCCUCUGGAGAGCUGGAGCUUACACUAGCGUUGUGUAUCCACCCUGUGAUGUCCAGACCUUCCUGGAUAUCCCACUGGAAGAGGAAAAGAGCACCACUGAGUGUUCCAUUGUUUCCAUCAGCCAGUUCAGGCCCGAAAAGGAUCACCCUUUGCAAAUCAGAGCCUUUGCUAAAUUGCUGAAAGAGAAGAGACUGGGGCAGCAGCCACCACUGAAGCUGAUCUUAAUUGGAGGCUGUCGUAAUCAGCAAGAUGAAGAGCGUGUAAAUAACCUGAAGCUCCUCUGUGAAGAGCUGGGAGUGAGUAAUGAGGUGGUGUUCAGAAUAAACAUUCCAUUUGAGGAGCUCAAGAGGCACCUGGCCAAGGCCACCAUUGGGCUGCACACCAUGUGGAACGAGCACUUUGGGAUCGGAGUAGUUGAAUGUAUGGCAGCUGGCACUGUUAUCCUGGCUCACAAUUCUGGAGGCCCCAAAUUAGACAUCGUGGUACCCUAUGAAGGACACGUCACAGGCUUCCUAGCUGACAAUGAGGACAGUUAUGCUGAGAUGAUGGCUCACAUCCUCUCUUUGUCUCCUGAAAAAAGGUUAGAGAUCAGAGAAAAUGCACGUCGCUCUGUGCACAGGUUUUCUGACCAGCAUUUCCAAGAGACAUUCCUGUUAUCUGUGGAACCAUUAUUUAAAUAAAUAUAUAUGAAUAAAAAUGUGAGUAAAGUUAACUUUUUAUAUUUGACAAUGUGUCACCUGUAAAUAUAUCUAAUCUAUGAUUCCUGCUCCCAUUCAAUAAAGAGAUUUUUUUUCUUUC